GGGGGCGGAGCGAGGGACGCGGCCCGUCCAAUCACGGCGCGGUCCGCAGCGCCCGCACCGAGCGGCCGGAGCGGGUCCGGGUCCGGGCGGCGGAACCGCGGCGCUGCCAUGGCCGCGGCCUGGCGGGACGUGCUGCGGGACGCGGCGGCCGUGCGGGAGGCGGCGGCGGUGGCGGUGGACGCGGCGCUGCUGGCGGGGGUGCUGAUGCGCACCGGGGAGCAGCCCAACGCCUCGGAUGUGGUGAAUUAUGCCCCCUUCACGCUGCUCCCGUCCGCAGUGCCACGGGCCUUGUUUGAACAAGCCUACACUGUCCAGCAGGAUUUUAACCUGCUGGUGGAUGCUGUCAGUCAAAACAAAGAAUUCCUGGAGCAAACUCUGGCCAGCACCAUCAAGGUAGACGACUUCACAGCUCGGCUCUUCAGAAUCUACACGCAGGUUUUGGAGGAAGGCCUGGCUCAGACUGUGUUUUUGGGCAUCAACCGCUCGGAUUACAUGUUUGACUGCGGGCUGGAUGGCACAGCAGCUCUGAGGCAGAUAGAAAUAAACACCAUUGCUGCCAGCUUCGGGGGGCUCACCUCCCGCACGGCCGACGUCCACAGGUUGGUGUUGCAAGUGCUGGGAAAGAGUGAGGAGGCAUCACAGCUGCUGCCCAACAACCCAGCGAGGGGGCUGGCCUUGGGAAUUGCCAAAGCCUGGGAGCUCUACGGGUCCCAAAGGGCUGUGGUGAUGUUUCUGGUGGAGGAAGUCCAGAGGAAUAUUUUUGAUCAGCGUUGUGUAGAAAAUGAGCUUUGGAACAGGAAUAUCCGAGUGGUGCGGAAGCGGUUCCGGGAUGUGUUUGAGCAGGGCUCCCUGGAUGCCAGCAGGAGGCUGUAUAUGGACGGCCAGGAGGUCGCAGUGGUGUAUUACAGAGAGGGCUACGUGCCCCAGAUCUACGACGAGCAGAACUGGGAGGCGCGGCUGCUGCUGGAGAGGUCCCGGGCAGUGAAGUGCCCCGACAUUGCCACGCAGCUGGCGGGCACGAAGAAGGUGCAGCAGGAGCUCAGCCGGCCGGGGACGCUGGAGAAGCUGCUGCCCGGCCACCCCGAGGCCAUCGCUCGGAUAAGAGCCACCUUUGCAGGACUCUACUCCCUGGAUGAGGGUGAAGAGGGUGACAGGAUAGCUGCCACAGCCAUCGCUAACCCCGACCGCUUCGUGCUGAAGCCUCAGCGUGAAGGUGGAGGGAACAACCUCUAUGGUGAAGAGCUCAGGGAGGUUCUGGAGAAGAUCAAAGACAGCCCUGAGAGAACCUCCUACAUCUUGAUGGAUAAGAUCAAACCUCAGCCAGCACUGAAUUACCUGCUGAGGGCUCACAGUCCCCUCCGAGUGUCCGAGUGCAUCUCCGAGCUCGGGAUCUUUGGUGUCUAUGUCAGGCAGGGCCGGGAGCUGGUGCUGAACCAGGCUGCCGGGCACCUGCUGCGCACCAAGGCCAUCGAGCACGCGGACGGCGGCGUGGCAGCGGGGGUGGCCGUGCUGGACACGCCCUACCUGGUGUGAGGAGCCACAGCCCCACCCUCCUCUCUCUGCUGCCUCAAGAGCUGAUCUGCCCCGGGGAUUUCUCCUUAGGGUGCUUGCCAAGUUCGACUGCCUCCCUCCCAGGCUGUGAGGAGGGACUGUGCCAUGCAGCUGCUCAGAGGUCCUGGGUGCCAGCCCCAGCUUCUUCUGGUGAUUCCCCCUCCAGGAAGGAUUCCCUUGCUCUGCCUGCUCAGGGGGCCCUGCCCUGGGCCCAGCCCAGCUGUGACUCCCAGAAAUGCAGGGUUCUGAAUGUUCCCUUGGGGCCUGGCCUGGGGGCAGGGGGAUGCAGAGCAAGGGUCAAGGUGCCACUACAGGCCUUUGUGCUGCUCCCACUUCUGAGCUCCUUAUGCUGCGUGAUUUCUGGAGACAUACACAGCCUAAGGAAUGAGAGGAGAAAGGUGGAUGGGCAAAUAUCAGCCUUUAUCUUCCUCCAGUGCCUCAGUGCUCUCCAACUUAAAGAGGAGAGCCCAGCUUCAUUCACCAUGGCCCCUCCAGCCCUCCUUCCCAUGCUGCUGCUGUCCUGAUUUCUGUUUUCCUCUGUACCUGAGGAUCCUCAGGGUUCCUGCACCAGGCACAGCUGCCCUGGGUAAUUUGUCCGAGGGCCUCUUGCUUUUGCUUUGCCCAACUCCUGUUUCAUGGGACUGGGUGCCUCUGUGCCACACAGGGCAGGCAGCAGUGCAGGCUCCAGGGCAGGCUCCCGCUGCCUCCUGCAGCCCUGUCCAACAGAUCUCCACAGGCUGGUGGAAGAAUCCCUCAGAGAUGGAGGCAGCUCCCAAGGCAGCAGAGAAUUGGAGCCUUGUGUGUGUUGAUAAAUCCCAAAGCACACUGGGUUUGGGCCAGUGCAUCCCACUGCAAAUCAAACCCUGAGCAUCUUCCCAGCAGGGAGCCCCAGGCUUGGGAAUGCUCCUGCCGAGCCUGGGAGCUCUGUAGUGAGGAAGCCAAGGAAGUGCUGGGCAGCACAGCCCCAGCUCCCAGCACCUUACUGUGGGACCAGCACCAGCAGAGGGGGAGAUACGGCUCCCUCCAGGUUUUAUGGAUCAGUGGGAACAGCACAGCAGUGGAGGAGUGUGGGCUCUCCUGCUCAAGGUCUUCUGCCUCUUCCUCCAGCCCCUUUUCCUCCUCAGCCCUAAAAGCUGCACCUUUCUGGCAGCGAAGAGCCCAGGCAGCCUCAGCCCAGCCCUGUCAGUCACACAGAACCAGCUCAGAGGCAGAAUUGCUGCAGAAUGGAUGUGCUGAGUGGCAGAACCAGCACAAAGGCAGAAUUCCUGCAGAGAGGAUGUGCUGAGUGACAGAAGCAGCACAAAGGCAGAAUUCCUGCAGACUGGGUGUGCUGAGUGACAGCCCUGCUGGCUCUGCUGCUGCGGCAUCAAUCACCAAUCGGUCACCUGGGAAACUGCUCCAUUCUCCAGGUGUGACUGAAACUGGGCUUCCUGGGUGUUUUGUUGGGGGACUGAUUACCCCAAGCCAGAGAUUAAAAGGAAUGUGCAAUCUGA